UGUGCGGUGCGCACCGUUCCGGGCUGUGUCUCAAAACCCAGUGAACCCUUUACCUAGAUAGCUUUGUUGAGCAUCAUUGGUGUUUUGGUUUGAAACGUGGCAAUGUUGUCUAUGUAGGCAGUUCACUAGGUUUUGAGACACUGUGAAUCCCGCCCAGGGUUUGACGCAAAACAUUUUAGUAUGCUAUCGUCUAGUUUCAGAUGCCCAGUUCGACAGACGCCAGUCAUCAUGUUGUCUUCUCUUGUAAAAGCUGAUCGUCUCGCAGCUCAUGUUGGCAAAAAAUAUGCGCCAUUUUAUGAAUUCGUAGCGCGAACCCUGAAGUCUCAAGCAGGCAAUGUAGAUUUGCACAGCGCAACAUCGAUCACUGGUAACUACAAAACCAUAGCUGAUCUACCGGGACCCAGUCUGGCCACAACUGCGUACUGGCUCUUCGUUAAAGGAUACGCGGAUAAAAGUCAUGCAAUGCAGGUGGAGCAUAAGCGCCUAUAUGGUCCGAUCUGGCGGUCACGCUUUGGGCCGUUUGAUGUGGUAAAUGUGGCGACGGCUGAACUGGUUGCACAGGUGAUCCGACAGGAGGGCCGGUACCCAGUGCGGACUGAUCUGCCUCACUGGAAAGAAUACAGAGACAUGAGAGGACAGGCGUAUGGAAUUCAUGUAGACACAGGCCCUGAGUGGUAUCGCAUCCGCAGUGCUCUGAACCCUAAGAUGCUUAAACUGAAGGAAGUAGCAGCAUAUGCACCCAUCAUUCACGAGGUUGUGUCUGAUCUCCUACAGCGUGUUGAACUCCUGCGUCUGCGCAGUCCAGACCAGGUCACCAUCAACGACCUCGCCUCUGAGCUCUACAAAUUUGGCUUUGAGGGAAUAUCCUCAAUCCUUUUCGAAACACGGUUAGGAUGUUUACAGGAGGAAAUUCCCACAGACACUCUGCGGUUCAUAUCUGCUGUUAAUGACAUGUUGGCGCUGUCAGAGACGGUUCUUUUUUUCCCACGCUGGACUCGUCACAUCUUCCCGUUCUGGAAACGGUUUGUCCAGGCGUGGGAUGACUUGUAUGACGUAGCCCGUUGUCUGAUUGAUAAGAAGGUGAAGGAGAUACAUGAUCAGGUUGAGCGAGGAGAGGAGGUGGAGGGCAUGUAUCUCACCUACCUGCUGUCCAGCAAUAAACUCAGCUUAGGAGAGGUGUACAUCAGUCUGACUGAACUUCUGCUGGGAGGUGUGGAUACGACGUCUAACACAUUAUCAUGGACCUUGUACCACCUUGCACGUGAUGCAGAAGUACAGAGCCGCCUCUAUAAUGAGAUUGCAUCUGUAUGUCCGAAUAAAGAGCUGCCGACCGCAGAACACCUAACAAGGAUGCCCUACAUGAAGGCUGUCAUCAAAGAAACUCUCAGGAUGUAUCCUGUUGUCCCUGGUAAUGGACGCCUGACUGUGGAUUCGGAAGUAAUUGUGGAUAAUUAUUGGUUCCCUAAGAAGACACAGUUCCAUCUCUGUCACUACGCUGUUAGUCACGACGAGAGUAAUUUCCCUGAACCGGAGAAUUUUGUUCCAGACCGCUGGUUGAGAGACAGCCCGUCUCGCUCUCAGCAUCACCCCUACAGUUCUGUCCCAUUUGGGGUUGGUGUUCGGGCUUGCGUGGGGAAGAGGGUUGCAGAGCUGGAGAUGUACUUUGCCCUAAGUAGACUGAUGCAACACUAUGAGGUCAGAACGGCGGAGGGAGCCCCAUCGAUUCAGCCCAAAACCAGAACCCUGCUCAUUCCCUCCAAACCUAUUGACCUUCAGUUUGUCCCUCGGCCUUGAGGCCAGCCAGCUCCAAUCAAUCUGUUAACCAAAAUCAGUACUUUUCAUUCAAAUCAUUUGGCCUGAAAUGUCCAAAGGUUUGGCUUAAAACUUUCUGUGAAAUCCUGUCUGUGGUAAUUUAGGGUAAAAGUUAAAAGUGGGCCAGCUUUAAAAAAAAAUCACAACUGAGCUUCAAUAUUAUAAGGUAUAUUUACAGCUGAGGUGUUCAAUUCACCUGGGUUGCGUUAUUAAACAAGGAUUUGCAAACAGUCUAAAAAAUCCAACAGAGAGCUAUAUGAGCACCGGGUCUCUUGCAAAAUCACUAUUGCUUUUUUAACAGUGACGGGAAAGCAGGAAGGGGACAAGAAAACAAAGACCUUCUGUUCAUGUGUUCUCUGCAGAGAUACUAUAGACAACAAAACCUGCUGUUUGCUAUGGCCAUCAAGUGUCUGAUCAGUGUUCUUUAAAAAGUUUUCUGACUGUAUUAUUUUUUUAUGAUGCUACCUUUGCUGUUUUGAAUAUAUUAAUUUAAUAUUGAUGUUAUGGCAUUUGUUCGAACUGUAAUCAAAGGUCAUUCUUUGGAAAUCUACACUUCCCUUGAUAUUUGUUCUGAGCCAGGCUGAAAGCAACGAAUUAACUAGAAACGGAAUGAAUUAGAAAUGCUAGUUAUGUAAAUAACCCUGUUUCCAAACCACCCACAUGUUGACUUGCAUCUGUGAAAAACCUAUUGCAUUUCAACUAGUUGUUAAGGCCGCUGUUUUUGUAUCAAUAAAGAGCAAUUUCAGUGUUUCAGUUGCAGUGCAAUAAUAUAAGAAGGACAUUUACUACAGCUAUAAUAGUUCAGUGCAUGUGACUCUCUGUUGCUCAAGAGUUGGUCAGCUUUGGAAGUGAUUUGGACGAGCAGCAAAACUCUUGAGCAACAGAAUCAGCCGCCACGUAAUAUCUAUCUGUAGUGCUUGCAAGUUUAUGUGUGUAAACUUGUUCUAAAUGAAAUAUGUCUACUGAAGUAUACGAGAGUUUGCUCUGACUACUCAAGUUAAGGUACUUUUUACACAGUGAUAAAAUGAACACGAAGGAAGUAAAAAGGUAAAGCCAUUGCUCAGUUAAGGACUGGGAGUUAGCUUACGUGAAGGUGUUGGAGGUAUCCUUUUUUUUUUUUUUUCUCCAAAGCUGCUUGUUUUAUUAUUAAUGUGCAUAGUAGGCCUAUUUUAUCCAAUAUAAUCACACAAGUAUAGCAAUUGAUGCAUAAUGAGAGCAUUUUUAAAUACAAUUUUUUUUAUCAAGCUUUUUCUGUCAUGCCAUACGCUUUUUAAGUAUUGAAAUAAAUGGCUUUCGUUAAAAUGGUCUGACUCUCUAAAUGUUAUCAAAACCAAUAAAGCCAUCUCUGAUUUACAUA